UGUCUUUAGAGUUGUGCGGCGUCCUCCGUUGUGACCGUGGUUCUGACAUCUGAGCUAUUUGAGCAUUCAGAACGUCUGAAAGUAUUCGAAGAGAUGGCUUCGACGCGACCGGCAUUUGCUUUCGAUGGUUGAGCUGCACAAGGGCCGCGCCUUCGAUCACCGCCAUGAAGCCAGAUGGGAAAGACGAGUCGGUGAUCGCCAACAACCGCUUCACGGCACUGUGCUUGUCGUGGAACGUGAUACUGUCAAUUCUCAUUGUGAUUCUGAACAAAUGGGUGUACGUGUACGUCAACUUUCCGAACAUUACCAUGACCAUGUACCACUUCGCGAUGACCUUCGCGGGCCUGCUUGUGUGCCGCGCGUUCAACGUGUUCCAAGUGAAGAAGCUGCCGCUGCGUCAGAUGUUACCGCUCGCGACGACUUUCUGCGGUUUCGUCGUCCUCACCAACCUCUCCCUGGGUCACAACACGGUGGGGACCUACCAGAUCAUCAAGACCCUCACCAUGCCGACCAUCAUGGUCAUCCAGCACUACUGGUACAAGAAGAGCUUCUCGCUGGGCAUCAAGCUCACGCUGGUACCGCUGACGUUGGGCGUGUACCUCAGCACCUACUAUGACAUCCGGUUCAACAUUCUUGGCACAUGCUAUGCCCUGGCCGGUGUGGUCGUCACUUCCCUCUACCAAGUGUGGGUUGGUGAGAAGCAGAAGGAGUUCCAGGUGAACUCGAUGCAGCUGCUCUUCUACCAAGCGCCCCUCUCGGCGCUUAUGCUGGUGGUGCUGGUGCCGAUAGUCGAGCCACCCUGGGCUCCCGGAGGAUUCCUUUACCAGCAGUGGAGCUGGCUGCACCUGACACUGGUGCUGACAACGGGUGUGGUGGCCUUCCUGGUGAACCUGUCUAUAUACUGGAUCAUAGGAAACACUUCUGCAGUCACCUAUAACGUGGUGGGCCACAUGAAGCUGAUGCUCGUGCUUGUGGGCGGCUUCGUUGUCUUCCAGGACCCCAUACACACUGAGCAGGCCAUCGGCAUUGCAGUCACGCUGACGGGCGUGCUGCUGUACACGUACAUCAAGGUGCAGCAAAGUGUAAAGGAGAGGCUGGUGGGAGCCAAAGCCACGAUGGCAUAGCCAUUGCAGUCACUCGUAGCCUCGGGCUAGCUGCUCCAAUAAGGUCACGCAUCGGUCAUUUGUACACACGGGAUUCACCUGCUACGGUGGCUGGCAGCACCGACACUUUGCUGCCGAUAGUAAGGUUGCUGGUUCAUUUCCCAGCCCCAACUGCAAUGUAUAAUUGCGAAGGUGAUGUCACAGCCCCAGAUGAGGGCUGCUCCAUUAGGGUAGUGUAUCAGUCAUGUGUCA